AUGUAUCACCUGCUGUAUCUCCUGCUGUCUCUCCUGCUGUAUCACCUGCUGUCUCUCCUGCUGUCUCUCCUGCUGUAUCACCUGCUGUAUCACCUGCUGUCUCUCCGGCUGUAUCACCUGCUGUCUCACCUGCUGUCUCACCUGCUGUAUCACCUGCUGUCUCUCCUGCUGUCUCUUCUGCUGUCUCACCUGCUGUCUCACCUGCUGUAUCACCUGCUGUCUCUCCUGCUGUAUCACCUGCUGUCUCACCUGCUGUCUCUCCUGCUGUAUCACCUGCUGUCUCACCUGCUGUAUCUCCUUCUGUCUCUCCUGCUGUCUCUCCUGCUGUCUCUCCUGCUGUCUCCUGCUGUAUCACCUGCUGUCUCUCCUGCUGUAUCACCUGCUGUAUCACCUGCUGUCUCUCCUGCUGUCUCUCCUGCUGUCUCCUGCUGUAUCACCUGCUGUCUCUCCUGCUGUAUCACCUGCUGUAUCACCUGCUGUCUCUCCUGCUGUAUCACCUGCUGUAUCACCUGCUGUCUCACCUGCUGUAUCACCUGCUGUCUCUCCUGCUGUAUCACCUGCUGUAUCACCUGCUGUCUCUCCUGCUGUAUCACCUGCUGUAUCACCUGCUGUAUCACCUGCUGUCUCUCCUGCUGUCUCUCCUGCUGUAUCACCUGCUGUAUCACCUGUUGUCUCUCCUGCUGUAUCACCUGCUGUAUCACCUGCUGUCUCUCCUGCUGUAUCUCCUGCUGUCUCUCCUGCUGUAUCACCUGCUGUAUCACCUGCUGUAUCACCUGCUGUAUCACCUGCUGUCUCACGUGCUGUCUCUCCUGCUGUCUCUCCUGCUGUAUCACCUGCUGUCUCUCCUGCUGUCUCUCCUGCUGUCUCCUGCUGUAUCACCUGCUGUAUCACCUGCUGUCUCUCCUGCUGUAUCACCUGCUGUAUCACCUGCUGUCUCUCCUGCUGUCUCUCCUACUGUAUCUCCUGCUGUAUCACCUGCUGUCUCUCCUGCUGUCUCUCCUGCUGUAUCACCUGCUGUAUCACCUGCUGUAUCACCUGCUGUAUCACCUGCUGUCUCUCCUGCUGUAUCACCUGCUGUCUCACCUGCUGUAUCACCUGCUGUCUCUCCUGCUGUAUCACCUGCUGUAUCACCUGCUGUAUCACCUGCUGUAUCUCCUGCUGUAUCACCUGCUGUAUCACCUGCUGUAUCUCCUGCUGUAUCACCUGCUGUAUCACCUGCUGUAUCACCUGCUGUCUCUCCUGCUGUAUCACCUGCUGUAUCACCUGCUGUCUCUCCUGCUGUAUCACCUGCUGUAUCACCUGCUGUAUCACCUGCUGUCUCUCCUGCUGUCUCACCUGCUGUAUCACCUGCUGUCUCUCCUGCUGUCUCUCCUGCUGUAUCACCUGCUGUAUCACCUGCUGUAUCUCCUGCUGUAUCACCUGCUGUAUCACCUGCUGUAUCACCUGCUGUCUCUCCUGCUGUAUCACCUGCUGUAUCACCUGCUGUCUCUCCUGCUGUAUCACCUGCUGUAUCACCUGCUGUAUCACCUGCUGUCUCUCCUGCUGUAUCACCUGCUGUAUCACCUGCUGUAUCACCUGCUGUAUCUCCUGCUGUAUCACCUGCUGUAUCACCUGCUGUAUCUCCUGCUGUAUCACCUGCUGUAUCACCUGCUGUAUCACCUGCUGUCUCUCCUGCUGUAUCACCUGCUGUAUCACCUGCUGUCUCUCCUGCUGUAUCACCUGCUGUAUCACCUGUUGUCUCUCCUGCUGUCUCACCUGCUGUAUCUCCUGCUGUAUCACCUGCUGUAUCACCUGCUGUAUCACCUGCUGUAUCACCUGCUGUAUCACCUGCUGUCUCUCCUACUGUAUCUCCUGCUGUAUCACCUGCUGUAUCACCUGCUGUAUCACCUGCUGUAUCACCUGCUGUCUCUCCUGCUGUCUCUCCUGCUGUAUCACCUGCUGUAUCUCCUGCUGUCUCUCCUGCUGUAUCUCCUGCUGUCUCUCCUGCUGUCUCUCCUGCUGUAUCACCUGCUGUAUCACCUGCUGUCUCUCCGGCUGUAUCACCUGCUGUCUCACCUGCUGUCUCACCUGCUGUAUCACCUGCUGUCUCUCCUGCUGUCUCUUCUGGUGUCUCUCCUGCUGUAUCACCUGCUGUAUCACCUGCUGUCUCACCUGCAGUCUCACCUGCUGUAUCACCUGCUGUAUCUCCUGCUGUAUCACCUGCUGUAUCACCUGCUGUAUCACCUGCUGUCUCUCCUGCUGUCUCUCCUGCUGUAUCUCCUGCUGUAUCACCUGCUGUAUCACCUGCUGUCUCUCCUGCUGUAUCACCUGCUGUAUCACCUGCUGUCUCUCCUGCUGUAUCACCUGCUGUAUCACCUGCUGUCUCUCCUGCUGUAUCUCCUUCUGUCUCUCCUGCUGUCUCUCCUGCUUGCCUCCUGCUGUAUCACCUGCUGUCUCACCUGCUGUCUCUCCUGCUGUCUCUCCUGCUGUCUCCUGCUGUAUCACCUGCUGUAUCACCUGCUGUCUCUCCUGCUGUAUCACCUGCUGUAUCACCUGGUGUCUCUCCUACUGUAUCUCCUGCUGUAUCACCUGCUGUCUCUCCUGCUGUCUCUCCUGCUGUAUCACCUGCUGUAUCACCUGCUGUAUCACCUGCUGUAUCACCUGCUGUCUCUCCUGCUGUAUCACCUGCUGUCUCACCUGUUGUCUCUCCUGCUGUUUCUCCUGCUGUAUCACCUGCUGUAUCACCUGCUGUCUCUCCUGCUGUAUCACCUGCUGUAUCACCUGCUGUAUCACCUGCUGUCUCUCCUGCUGUCUCACCUGCUGUAUCACCUGCUGUAUCUCCUGCUGUAUCACCUGUUGUCUCUCCUGCUGUCUCUCCUGCUGUAUCACCUGCUGUAUCACCUGCUGUAUCACCUGCUGUAUCUCCUUCUGUAUCACCUGUUGUCUCUCCUGCUGUCUCUCCUGCUGUCUCUCCUGCUGUAUCACCUGCUGUCUCUCCUGCUGUAUCUCCUGCUGUCUCUCCUGCUGUAUCACCUGCUGUAUCACCUGCUGUCUCUCCUGCUGUAUCACCUGCUGUAUCACCUGCUGUCUCUCCUGCUGUCUCACCUGCUGUAUCUCCUGCUGUAUCACCUGCUGUCUCUCCUGCUGUAUCACCUGCUGUAUCACCUGCUGUAUCACCUGCUGUCUCUGCUGCUGUCUCACCUACUGUAUCACCUGCUGUAUCACCUGCUGUAUCUCCUGCUGUAUCACCUGCUGUCUCUCCUGCUGUCUCUCCUGCUGUAUCACCUGCUGUAUCACCUGCUGUAUAACCUGCUGUAUCACCUGCUGUCUCUCCUACUGUAUCUCCUGCUGUAUCACCUGCUGUAUCACCUGCUGUAUCUCCUGCUGUAUCACCUGUUGUCUCUCCUGCUGUCUCUCCUGCUGUAUCACCUGCUGUAUCACCUGCUGUAUCACCUGCUGUCUCUCCUGCUGUAUCACCUGCUGUAUCACCUGCUGUCUCUCCUGCUGUAUCACCUGCUGUAUCACCUGCUGUCUCUCCUGCUGUCUCUCCUGCUGUAUCACCUGCUGUAUCACCUGCUGUCUCUCCUGCUGUAUCACCUGCUGUAUCACCUGCUGUAUCACCUGCUGUCUCUCCUGCUGUAUCACCUGCUGUCUCUCCUGCUGUAUCACCUGCUGUAUCACCUGCUGUCUCUCCUGCUGUCUCUCCUGCUGUAUCACCUGCUGUAUCACCUGCUGUAUCACCUGCUGUAUCUCCUGCUGUAUCAUCACCUGCUGUCUCUCCUGCUGUCUCUCCUGCUGUAUCACCUGCUGUCUCUCCUGCUGUAUCACCUGCUGUAUCUCCUGCUGUAUCACCUGCUGUAUUACCUGCUGUCUCUCCUGCUGUAUCACCUGCUGUAUCACCUGCUGUCUCUCCUGCUGUAUCACCUGCUGUCUCUCCUGCUGUAUCUCCUGCUGUCUCUCCUGCUGUAUCACCUGCUGUAUCACCUGCUGUCUCUCCUGCUGUAUCACCUGCUGUAUCACCUGCUGUAUCAGAUGCUGUCUCUCCUGCUGUAUCACCUGCUGUCUCUCCUGCUGUAUCACCUGCUGUAUCACCUGCUGUCUCUCCUGCUGUCUCUCCUGCUGUAUCACCUGCUGUAUCACCUGCUGUAUCACCUGCUUUAUCACCUGCUGUCUCUCCUGCUGUCUCUCCUGCUGUAUCACCUGCUGUCUCUCCUGCUGUCUCUCCUGCUGUAUCUCCUGCUGUAUCACCUGCUGUAUCACCUGCUGUAUCACCUGCUGUCUCUCCUACUGUCUCUCCUGCUGUAUCACCUGCUGUAUCACCUGCUGUAUCACCUGCUGUAUCACCUGCUGUCUUUCCUGCUGUCUCUCCUGCUGUAUCACCUGCUGUAUCUCCUGCUGUCUCUCCUGCUGUAUCACCUGCUGUUCUCUGUAUCACCUGCUGUCUCCUGCUGUCUCUGUAUCACCUCUUCUGAUCCCUGUCUCUCUGUUCACCUGCUGUCCCUGCUGUUCACCUGCUGUAUCACCUGCUGUCUCACCGCUGUUCCCUGCUGUCUCACCUGCUGUCUCACCUGCUGUUCACCUGCUGUAUCACUGCUGUCUCUCCUGCUGUCUCUUCUGGUGUCUCUCCUGCUGUAUCACCUGCUGUAUCACCUGCUGUCUCACCUGCUGUCUCACCUGCUGUAUCACCUGCUGUAUCUCCUGCUGUAUCACCUGCUGUAUCACCUGCUGUAUCACCUGCUGUCUCUCCUGCUGUCUCUCCCUGCUGUAUCUCCUGCUGUAUCACCUGCUGUAUCACCUGCUGUCUCUCCUGCUGUAUCACCUGCUGUAUCACCUGCUGUCUCUCCUGCUGUAUCACCUGCUGUAUCACCUGCUGUAUCUCCUUCUGUCUCUCCUGCUGUCUCUCCUGCUGUCUCCUGCUGUAUCACCUGCUGUCUCUCCUUUUGUAUCACCUGCUGUAUCACCUGCUGUAUCACCUGCUGUCUCUCCUGCUGUCUCUCCUGCUGUCUCCUGCUGUAUCACCUGCUGUCUCUCCUGCUGUAUCACCUGCUGUAUCACCUGCUGUCUCUCCUGCUGUAUCACCUGCUGUAUCACCUGCUGUCUCACCUGCUGUCUCUCCUGCUGUCUCUCCUGCUGUAUCACCUGCUGUCUCUCCUGCUGUCUCUCCUGCUGUAUCACCUGCUGUAUCACCUGCUGUAUCACCUGCUGUAUCACCUGCUGUCUCACCUGCUGUCUCUCCUGCUGUCUCUCCUGCUGUAUCACCUGCUGUCUCUCCUGCUGUAUCACCUGCUGUCUCUCCUGUUGUCUCUCUUGCUGUCUCUCCUGCUGUAUCACCUGCUGUAUCACCUGCUUGCCUCCUGCUGUAUCACCUGCUGUAUCACCUGCUGUCUCUCCUGCUGUCUCUCCUGCUGUCUCCUGCUGUAUCACCUGCUGUAUCACCUGCUGUAUCACCUGGUGUCUCUCCUACUGUAUCUCCUGCUGUAUCACCUGCUGUCUCUCCUGCUGUCUCUCCUGCUGUAUCACCUGCUGUAUCACCUGCUGUAUCACCUGCUGUAUCACCUGCUGUCUCUCCUGCUGUAUCACCUGCUGUCCCACCUGUUGUCUCUCCUGCUGUCUCUCCUGCUGUAUCACCUGCUGUAUCACCUGCUGUUCUCCUGCUGUAUCACUGCUGUAUCACCUGCUGUAUCACCUGCUGUAUCACCUGCUGUAUCUCUGCUGUCUCUCCUGCUGUAUCACCUGCUGUAUCACCUGCUGUAUCACCUGCUGUAUCUCCUGCUGUAUCACCUGUGUCUCUCCUGCUGUCUCUCCUGCUGUAUCACCUGCUGUAUCACCUGCUGUAUCACCUGCUGUAUCUCCUGCUGUAUCACCUGUUUCUCUCCUGCUGUCUCUCCUGCUGUCUCGUAUCACUGCUGUAUCACCUGCUGUUCUCCUGCUGUACUCAUCCUGCUGUCUCUCCUGCUGUAUCACCUGCUGUAUCACCUGCUGUCUCUCCUGCUGUAUCACCUGCUGUAUCCGCUGUCUCCCUGCUGUAUCACCUGCUGUUCUGCUGUCUCUCCUGCUGUAUCACCUGCUGUGUAUCCCUGCUGUAUCACCUGCUGUCACUCUGCUGUCUGCUGUCUCACCUGCUGUAUCACCUGCUGUAUCCCUGCUGUAUCCCUGCUGUAUCACCUGCUGUUCCUGCUGUCUCUCCUGCUGUAUCACCUGCUGUAUCACCUGCUGUAUCACCUGCUGUAUCACCUGCUGUAUCACCUGCUGUAUCACCUGCUGUCUCUCCUGCUGUACUCUGCUGUAUCACCUGCUGUAUCACCUGCUGUAUCACCUGCUGCUAUCUCCUGCUGCUGUAUCACCUGCUGUAUCACCUGCUGUAUCACCUGCUGUAUCUGCUGUCUCUCCUACUGCUGUAUCACCUGCUGUAUCUCCUGCUGUAUCUCCUGCUGUAUCACCUGUCUGUCUCUCCUGCUGUCUCUCCUGCUCCUAUCACCUGCUGUCCUCUCCUGCUGUAUCACCUGCUGUAUCACCUGCUGUAUCUCCCUGCUGUAUUACCUGCUGUAUCUCCUGCUGUAUCACCUGCUGUAUCACCUCUGUCUCUCCUGCUGUAUCACCUGCUGUAUCACCUCUGUCUCUCCUGCUGUAUCACCUGCUGUACCUCCCGUAUCCCUGCUGUCUCUCCUGCUGUAUCACCUGCUGUAUCACCUGCUGUAUCUCCUGCUGUAUCCCUGCUGUAUCUCCUGCUGUAUCAACCUGCUGUAUCUCCUGGCUGUCCUCCUGCUGUCUCUGCUGUAA